UUUGCAGACUUGGAGUGCUGGCUCUCUCUUUCUCUGUUUUCUCAUUUUGUAGUUACUUCAUCCAUCCCGUGGAAGGAGGACAGUUGGUUUCUUCGCUUCAGAAUGUCAAUCUUACAGAAGCCGAAAGGGUACCCAUCAUUGAUGUUCCUGAAGAAGUCCUUCUCCCAGGUCUCCAAUUGUGUCGUAUGAGUUUACUUGGGAAAAUUUGGUCAAACAAAUACAUGUUUAAAACUUCUAAAGUUCAGAAGGAGUUUGGGAAAUUAUGGGGCAUUGAAGAAUCGCUGGUGGUUUAUGUUGGUGGUGGAGUUAACAUCUUCCAGUUCAUCAUUCCAGAUGAUGAAGUUCGCCGAAGAGUCGUCCUCGGCGGCCCUUGGCAUUUCGACAAACACUUGGUGGUCAUGAGAGCAUGGACAGAUGAUGAUAGUUGUAUCAUUUUCAACGACUCUCAUUUCACUCGGACACCCUUCUGGAUACAGGUGUUGGAUCUACCCAUCAAAUUCCUCAAUGAAGCUGCGGCGGAGAAAAUUGCUGGCGAGGUGGGUAAAUGCUUGAAAGUCCAAAUUCGAGACAAAGGUUCGGAGGAGGGGGGUGGACGAAUGCUCCGUCUUAGAAUUGAGCUCGAUAUUACGAAGCCUCUGAGAAGAGGUAUACAUCUUCUUGACUCAGAACAUAUAUUUUGGGCUCCUUUUCGGUAUGAAAAGCUGGGCAGCUUUUGUUAUAUAUGCGGUUGUGUUGGACACACACAAUGGUCGUGUCCACAGAGUUCGGAAAUUGGAGGGUUUUAUCAGUAUGGGCCUUGGCUUCGUGCCCAGGAUGUGAUUUUGGAAGAAACGGAAGAAGAGAGGAAAUGGUUGUAUGAAAAUGUUGGUGAGUGCAAGGUGGAUGAUAAAAGACAGCCAACAUCAUCUGGGUCUACUUCUGAGAACAAGGGAAGAAAGAAAAAGGUGAAGGGGAAGAGAGAGAAAAAGAAGGGGAAGCACAGGGCAUCUAAUUAAAAUCAGGUUCAAGGUUCCGAGCUUGAAAGAGAUCCGGGGGUGCAGGGUCCCGGCUCAGGAAUACACAACUGAAUCUGCAGUUGUUAAAGAUGGAGAUGAACUGGCCAUCAUACCUCCUAUAAGCGGAGGCUAGGUGUUUUGUUGGUUAGAUAAUCCAAACCUGCAUAACUGCUAAUGUAGUGUUGUGGACUGAUAGACUAUGCCAAGCUCUGUAACGUGACAAUCUCUCUGUCAUGGUGAUAAAUACAACGACAAUGUAUGAAAUUUUCCGAGCUUCUGGGGCUUUUUUGGGGUCACAUAGCUUGCAACCAUUUCUGGUGAUGGCUCCAUAUUUUACUUAGCAAUGAAUUGAUUUACAUUAUAGGAUUCUAUUUUGAUGUGGCAAUCGAUUCUCUUAUAGUUAUGAAUAUUUAGGUCAGAAGAUCUCCUACAUUUAUCUAACUCUAUAAUCCUCACUUUUCUUGUUCUUUUCACUCUUACACAUAUGGUUGGUUUAUACAAGGAAAUGGACUUCAUUUGGAUUUCAUGACAUUAGAUACCCAGCCCACAACUUGGAACGCGAAGGAGAUACCACUAGAACUGUUGGUGAACCGGGGGCUGGAAUGUGAAGAAGAUAUCACCAGACCUCGAGCUCCUCACAGCUCGAGCUCGACUCAAUCAAAGCUUGGCGUGAUUAUGUUUUGGUAAGUAAACGAAAUGAACUCAAGCUUCUUUCUUUGAACUCGUUUAUGUUCGAAUAUGUCAAGAUUUUGUUGAAAGCGAGGAAGAAGAUGAGCCACAUGUUGAACAAAAUUCCUCUGAGCCAUACCUGUGUGAAAGAAUGGAAGGAAAAAAGAAUGACUAUGUUGGUCAAACUGUACAAGAAUAGAAGUCCAAGACCUUUAUUUAGAUCUAGCAUUAUUAGUUCUUUUUACAAGAGUUAAUGUUGCUAUUUUAUUAUUGUUACUGUAAAUUAUAUUUUUCGAUUUGUUAAUCUUGUUGCACUACUAAUUAUCAUAUUAGUUUGAAAAAAAUAUAUAUAUUUUAAAAUGCCCCUUACAAUAAUAGAAGACACUGCAUGAGAGUAAGCUCUAACCAUUUAAUUGCA